AUGGCAAUGGCUCUUUUAUUAAAUAUGUAUAGAAAAGAAGAACCUUUAAGUCAAGUAGUUUUUUGUGGAUCACGAGUUGCUUUGCAAAUGCCUUUGGCUGGGUAUUUAAUAAGAUGGUCAGGAUUAGUAUCUGCUGAUCCACAAAGUUUCUAAAGUUACAUGUAAAAGGGAAAAAACAUAUGCUUUAUUCCAGGAGGAUAUGAAGAAGCUAGUUUAACUUCUUAAAAUUAAUAUAAUUAUUAUUUAGAACAUAAAGGCUUCAUAAAAUAUGCAAUGAAAUAUGGCUACAAGAUUAGACCUUGUGUAGCUUAUAAUGAAAAUAAAGCUUAUUAAACAAUAGAUAAGUUUUAUAAAUUCAGACUUUUAUUAAAUAAAUUUAAAUUCGUAGGAACUUUAUUUUAUUCUAAAUAUUUUUUAAUUUUGUCUAAUCCUAAUAUUAAUAUUGAAAUGGUUGUUGCAAAACCUUUUGAAGUUCCAUAAAUUGAAAAUCCGACUAAAGAAUAAAUUGAAGAAUGGCAUAAAAAAUAUAUAGAAUAUGUAACUCAAAUUUUUUAUAAAUAUAAAAACUAAUUUGAUUCUAAAGGAGGAGAUUUAUAUGGAUAUUAAAAUGAAUAAUUAAAAUAACUAAAACCAAAGUUAUGA